GACAGAGGACACAUUUUUGCAGCUUAUUGUUCGAGAACAGGGUAAAUUUGAAGAUGGAAGAAAAACUCUCGGAUGAAAAAGUGAAAUGUAUGCUCGCCCCUUGGAGGUUUUCUCUCAGGGCACCUGGAUUUGAAAACAGGCUGGUGACGGCUCUACAACUGUUUGAGCGUUUCCCUUUAGAUAUUGCUGUGACCGGAGGCACACCGGAGGCUAACGCUCAGCUGGCUUCUGCAGUCUGUGGGCCAGGUGAGGAAAUCGAAGAGGAGGAAUGGGAAACUGAUGAUGAAGGUGAUGAGGAGGAAGAAACAGAUGAAGAAGAAGAAGAAGAAGAUUUGGAAAAAGAUGAAAGUGCAGAUGAGGAACACAGUAGAAAGUCUAAGUUAAACACUAAUCACCAACGCAGUAGCAGGAGAAAACAUGUACGGAUAGCAGAGCAUGCAGAAUAUAUAGGGAGCGGCAUUGCUGAUGACUCUGUGAUUUUACAACGUCAAAUCCCAAAUGUUCGUGUGUGGACCGUGGAGGGCCAUCCAACCUCAAAUUCCAUUAUUAACCAGAACAACCAGCAGUAUGACUGCAGGUGCUAUGACGUCUUGGUGGUUCUCACUACAGAACAGCAGAAGGAGGACCACAUGUGGCUCAAAAUGGAAUUGCAUUGCAGAGAUCUGCCUUUUUUUCUGGUUCAAGCUGAGCGGGACUGGGACGUUGUCGAGGAGAAGCCUACAGGGCCAUGCAUGACCUGCGCCUGGGAACGAAUGAGAGCUCGCAAACUGGAGCUGCAGAAGAGAAGUAAAGAAGUGUUUGGAGAAACGGCUGAUUUAGAAGCAGACAGCAAGAAUGCUUCAAACGCUCCCCAAGAUCUAGCGUUAGUGAAAAUGAAGGAUAUCGCUCAGGUGUUUGCUGAAGCCCUGCCUGAGCUUCGGAGAAAGGCUUUUAGUCAGUUUCUGGUGGCGAUUACAAGAGAACUUCGUGUUCCUAAACUACUGACCGAUGACGCACAGUUUGUGGUCUCUACUGCUUUGAGGUCCAGGAAAAUAAACCAAGAUGAUCUUGACCAGAUCACCAAGCUCUCACAGCCGAGAGAUCUCACAGACAAUCCCUCCAAGCUUCAGGCAAUCCUUUCAGCUCUCGAUAACUUCCGGCUGGAUGUUGGUGUGCUGGGUGAGACGGGCUGUGGAAGCUCCAGCUUGGUCAAUGCCCUCCUGGGCCUGGAAAGCAGUGAUGAACAAGCUGCCUCAACCGGUGUAAUAGAAACAACCAAAGAGGCUGUGAAAUAUCCUUACACUUCCCCGAACGUCUGUCUUUGGGACCUUCCUGGGAUUGGAAAAAUAGGUGAUCUUGACAGCUUGUCCUCUGUGUCCAGCUCAUCUGAAGCUCAACGUGUAACAUCUGCACUCACUUUAUGUGAUGUAUAUAUACUAAUGUCUCCUUUGAGGCUUAGACUGGGAGCCAUACAGUUGUUAAAGCAAGCAUCCUCCCUAGGGAAAGAAUGUUACCUGGUGCUUUCCAUGGCAGAUUUGAUUAAGGAGAAGUCAAUUGCGGAGGUGAGGCAAUGGGCUGAGGAAGUCUUGGGUAAACUGGGCCUCCAGCAGAGCUUGUUUCUAGUGUCUGCUCACCAUCCAGAAACCUUGGACCUAGCCAAGCUAAAGGAGACGUUGAAUGCAGGCUUUCCAAGUCAUAAGAAAGUUGCUCUUGCCAGAUAUGCAGGAAAACAACUGGAUGGAGAUGUUUUCUGGAAAAGAUCAGAUUCUUGCAAAUUUAUGUAA